AUGGACUGGAGCAGCUGCACUUCCAUUGGUUUAGUGCUCAUCCUGUCUUUUCUAUCCAUUUUGAAAAUGGGAUGUUUCUGGAAUAACCACAGGAGAAAGAAUUUUCCCCCAGGACCAAGACCAUUACCUAUCAUCGGAAAUCUGCUUAUGUUUGAUUUGAAGAGACCCUACAGGACUUAUCUACAGCUGUCAAAAUUAUAUGGUCCAGUCUUUAGUGUUCAGAUGGGGCUAAGGAAAAUAGUAGUGAUUUCUGGGUAUGAGACAGUGAAGGAAGCUCUCGUAAACAAGGCUGAUGCAUUUGCAGAGAGACCUAGAAUCCCAAUCUUUGAAGAUUUGACCAAAGGAAAUGGGGUUGUUUUUGCUCAUGGUGAAAACUGGAAGGUGAUGCGAAGAUUUACUCUCACAACCUUGCGAGACUUUGGAAUGGGAAAAAGGGCCAUUGAGGACCGCAUUGUGGAGGAGUACGGGUAUCUGGCAGACACAUUUGAGUCACAAAAAGGAAAGCCCUUUGAUGCUAGUAAAAUAAUUAAUGCAGCAGUUGCUAACAUAAUUGUGUCAAUAUUACUUGGAAAAAGAUUUGACUACAAAGACUCCAGAUUUGUGAGACUUCUACAAUUGACCAAUGAAAGCAUGAGGCUUGCUGGGAAACCUUUGGUUACGAUGUACAACAUUUUCCCAUACCUUGGAUUCCUCCUGAGGGCUAACAAGACUCUUCUCCGAAACAGAGAUGAAAUCCAUGCUUAUAUACAAGUUACUUUUGUAGAACAUCUCAAAACUCUGGACAAAAAUGAUCAAAGAAGUUUUAUUGAUGCUUUCCUUGUUAAACAACAGGAGGAGAAAUCUACUACCAAUGGGUAUUUCCACAAUGGCAACUUGCUAAGCUUGGUGAGCAAUUUGUUCACUGCUGGUGUUGAGACAAUUUCCUCCACACUAAACUGGAGCUUUCUGCUGAUGCUUAAGUACCCUGAAAUUCAGAGAAAGGUCCAAGAAGAGAUAGAGCAAGUGAUAGGGUCAAACUCCCCACGGAUUGAGCAUCGAACUCAAAUGCCAUAUACUGAUGCUGUCAUCCAUGAAAUUCAGAGGUUCGCUAAUAUCCUGCCAUUGGAUUUGCCCCAUGAGACUGCUGCAGAUGUCACUCUCAAAGGCUAUUUCAUUCCCAAGGGAACCUACAUCAUCCCCUUACUGGCCUCUGUCCUGCAAGACAAAUCGCAGUGGGAGAAACCUGACAUGUUCUAUCCUGAGCACUUUCUUGAUGCCAAUGGAAAAUUUGUGAAGAAAGAUGCUUUCAUGCCUUUUUCAGCAGGGCGGAGAAUCUGUGCCGGUGAGACUCUUGCCAAAAUGGAGCUCUUCCUCUUCUUCACCAGCCUCCUGCAGAGGUUCACCUUCCACCCUCCCCCUGGAGUUUCCACCUCAGACCUGGAUCUCAGCCCUGCUAUUUCAUUUAACGUCAUCCCCAAACCUUACAAAAUGUGUGCUGUAACACGUUUCUAG